CAGACGGCCCGGGGCGCAAUGCUGCAGCUCCUGGAGAGUCCCGCCGCGUCCUCGCCCGCGCUCUCGCCAAGGAGCCUGAACCUGGCCAACCGGACCUUUUUCAAGUUUUUCUCGGAGUUCAAGGGGGAGCAGCGGGUGGCUCUGAGCGUCGUGGAGACGGUGGUGCUGGCCCUGAUCUUCGCGUUGUCCCUGGUGGGCAAUGUGUGUGCCAUCCUGCUGCUGGCACGCCAGCGGCGCCGGGGUACCACCGCCUGCUUGGUGCUCAACCUCUUCUGCGCCGACCUGCUUUUCAUCAUUGCCAUCCCGUUGGUGCUGGCCGUGCGCUGGACCGAGGAGUGGCGGCUGGGCGACCUCGCCUGCCACCUGCUCUUCUAUGUGAUGAGCCUGAGCGGCUGCGUCACCAUCCUGUCGCUGGCCGCAGUCAGCCUGGAGCGCAUGGUGUGCAUCGUGCGCAUGCAGCACAGCGCGCAGGGUCCCGGGCCCCGCGUCCGCGCCGUGCUGCUGGCUCUCAUCUGGAUCUACGCUGCGGUGUCCUCGCUGCCGUUCGGCUUCUUCUUCACCGUGGUCUUCCAGCCGCUCGACGGCAGCGACAAGGAAGUUCAGAUUUGUACCUUGAUCUGGCCCAGCAUUGAAGGAGAAAUCAUUUGGGAUGUGUUGUUUGCGAUUUUUAACUUUUUGGUACCGGGCCUGGUUAUUGUGAUCAGCUACUCCAAAAUCUUACAGAUCACAAAAGCUUCCAGAAAAAGGUUAAACAUCAACCUGGCCUACUCAGAAGACCACCAGGUCCGGGUCUCCCAACAGGAUUACAAACUCUUCCGGACUCUCCUGGUGCUCAUGGUCUCAUUUUUCAUCAUGUGGAGCCCCAUCAUCAUCACCAUCCUCUUGAUCUUAAUCCAGAACUUCCAGCAGGACCUGGUCAUAUGGCCAGCCCUGUUUUUCUGGAUCAUGGUGUUUACAUUUGCCAACUCGGCAGUCAACCCCAUUUUGUACAGUGCCUCCCACUUUCGGAAGGAGUGGUGGAAAGUCCUUUCCUCCUGCUCGUCGUCACUUCCUGAGAAGACCAGGAUAGCUACAGACACUUCAGUGAGAAAGAAUGACCUAUCUGUGGUCACUGCCUCAUGAGUUCACUGGCUGAGAUUUUCCUGAUGGAGGUGGUUGUGGACUCUUUUCCUCCAUGGGCAUAUUACUCGACUGUAGUUUAUACUGAAGUGUGUUUAGUUUCACUAUUGAGUGUGCAUUAGGCAAGGUUUUUCUCAUGGUGGUGAAUUUCUAGGACUCUCAUUACAGGUGUGUCCUCCUUUAAGAAAGUUUGCUAUAUAGAAUUUGAUUUUUUUUUAACAGAAAUGCUUAAAUGAGGGUAGGUGCUUACUCACUAUAACAAAAUAUUCUUUUCUUUACAAAAGGAUCCAUCACAUUUUUCCUCUUAAUUUGUGAUUUGCCCGGAGCACUAAAAAUAAGACUGUUUGUCGAAAUGUGAUUUAUGUGUAACUAUCUAAUUUAUUCAUAAUUUCUCCAAUUUUAUUAACUCUAUUUAAACUCAACAAGACAUACCUUCCUGGCUGUACCAAGUUUGUAAUGCGCAUCGGUGGUCUUGAAUUCAGAUCUAGUUCAAACAGCUCUUUCCCUGGGUGUCAUAGUCCUCCAUGACAACCAUUCUGCCCCCCUCACCCAGUCCAGUGAUCACCUUAAGACUUUCCAUGAACUUCCUCAAGCAUAAUUAACUUUAAUUUAAUUCAGCACUUGGGGAAAUGGAGGGCAGAGGGUAUGCAGUGAUAGCAUGUGAAAUAAUUAGAUUCAGUUUACUAGAGGCUGCCCCCAGAAAGCCGAGAUCUAGACAUGAGAUGCAUCUGGAUCCUAGAUGUCCAUAGGUAUUUUCAAUUCACUGCCAAUUGAGAAGCCACCAUGAUGUCACCUUGGUCCCACUCCACCCCUUUCCCCAGGAAUUUUCCUAAUUGAUUUUCAGCAUAACAGACUUCUAAUGAAAUAAUACCUGCAGUCAUUGUGAGUAUGAAACGUCAUGACAAAAGGGUUGGAA